UAAACAAACCUGUCUCGCGAGUGCCUCCUCUUCUCCUUCGCAGCCGUCCAGCUGAAGUCCAUUUCCUUACUCAGAUGUUUAUUGUGCUUGUCUGUCCUGUUGCCCGGGCAAGCAUUCAAGUCAUUAUGAACACAGAGCAGUCCGGUGAAACCCUAGAAAGUACAAACAACUGUCAACUUUCGACACCAGAGGGGAGCAACUUGAAGAAGGGAGCACUGAGGAGAACUCCUUUCUCAAGUUUUAAGAGAGUCCAUUCAAACUUCAAGUCACCUCUUCAAGUAACUGAGGGUGCUAAAGUUAGCCCUGCAGAGGAGGUGGCGGAGCUCAAGAGGAGAAAUGAGCAGCUGGACACUGAGAUAGCACAGCUGGAAGAUGAAGGGUUCAGAGUAGAGGAGCUGGAGCAUCAUAUUGAUAUGCUACAUGAAUACAAUGACAUUAAAGACAUUGGACAGUCACUACUUGGCCGCAUAGCUGCUCUGAGGGGGACCACCACACGAGAUCUCUACAGCCACUUUGGUCUGGAACUUGAUGACUGAAAAAAAAAAAAACUGGGGAAAAAAAUGUUUAAAAGUGAAGUGGUGAGGAGGGUUUUACAAACGAAAAGAGGAGGGCUGUUGAGAUGAAACAUCUAUUUAAGUCACUACCUUAAAGCUGUGGCAGAAAACAAAUGUUAGAUGACUUUUCUCUGGGGUGUUACCCAACUUUGUUCAUGACAUGCUGUAACUCUGGUCUUUCCAAAAAGGACUUUGUUUUGAUAUUCAGGCUUAUUUAAAUGGAGUGGGGAAAAUGUAUGCAAAUCUAGUCUGAAAGAAGAGAGGGCAUGCUCCAGUGUAAAUGUGUGUUCAUGGUACAUAAUAUCCUUUAUGUGCUGACAAUGAUUUUUAAUAAAUAAGCCACUCGGAGCACAAUAGACAA